CAAAAAGUUUAAUUUCAUUAAGUAAAUUACAAACCGUCUGGAAUUUUUUUGUAUUGUUUUUGUUGGCAAUUGUCUUUCCACGAUGUUGGUGAAUGUUACCCAGCGCGUUGCCGCUGGCACCAGCGUCAUCUUAGGCGGUCGUAAAUCCAACGGCAAUGGCAACGGAACCGCAGCUGCUGCUGCUGCUGCCGCUGCUACUGCCGCUACGAACAAAAACUACGAGAUUAAGCCCCCAACUCGGGCCGCAAAAAUGGCGGAAGGCAAUGGCGAACUAUUGGACGACAUUAACCAGAAAGCCGAUGACCGUGGCGAUGGCGAACGUACUGAGGACUAUCCCAAACUACUGGAAUAUGGUCUGGACAAAAAGGUCGCCGGCAAACUGGAUGAAAUCUACAAAACCGGCAAACUUGCUCACGCCGAGCUGGACGAGCGCGCACUGGACGCGCUCAAGGAGUUUCCUGUUGAUGGUGCCUUGAAUGUGCUUAGUCAGUUCCUUGAGUCAAAUCUGGAACAUGUGUCAAAUAAGUCUGCUUACUUGUGUGGGGUUAUGAAAACUUAUCGUCAAAAGAGUCGCGCCAGUCAACAGGGUGUGCCCGCGACCGCCAGCACCAUACAGGUAAAGGGUCCGGAUGAGGAGAAGAUCAAAAAGAUUCUGGAACGCACCGGUUACACAUUGGACGUGACCACAGGACAACGCAAAUACGGCGGGCCGCCACCCAACUGGGAGGGGAAUGUGCCCGGCAAUGGCUGCGAGGUUUUCUGUGGUAAAAUUCCCAAGGAUAUGUUUGAGGAUGAGCUAAUACCGCUAUUCGAAAACUGCGGAACCAUUUGGGACCUUAGACUAAUGAUGGACCCCAUGACUGGCACAAAUCGUGGUUACGCAUUUGUCACAUUCACAAAUCGCGAAGCGGCCGUUAAUGCUGUGCGACAGCUCGAUAAUCACGAAAUAAAACCCGGCAAGUGUCUGAAAAUAAAUAUAAGCGUACCGAAUCUGCGCCUUUUCGUAGGCAAUAUACCCAAGUCAAAAGGCAAAGAUGAAAUUUUAGAGGAAUUUGGUAAACUUACAGCUGGCCUCUACGAGGUAAUCAUCUAUAGCUCGCCAGAUGACAAGAAAAAGAAUCGCGGCUUUUGCUUUCUCGAAUACGAUUCACACAAGGCGGCUUCAUUGGCCAAACGGAGACUUGGCACUGGUAGAAUUAAGGUUUGGGGAUGUGAUAUUAUAGUCGACUGGGCUGAUCCACAGGAGGAGCCGGAUGAACAAACAAUGUCUAAGGUUAAAGUACUCUACGUGCGAAAUCUAACGCAAGACGUUACAGAGGAUAAACUGAAGGAACAAUUCGAGCAAUAUGGCAAGGUGGAACGCGUCAAGAAGAUAAAAGACUAUGCCUUUAUACAUUUUGAGGAUCGUGAUAGCGCCGUCGAAGCUAUGCGUGGCCUUAAUGGCAAGGAGGUCGGCGCCUCUAAUAUUGAGGUCUCCCUCGCCAAACCACCAUCGGACAAAAAGAAAAAGGAGGAGAUUCUGCGUGCACGCGAACGACGCAUGAUGCAAAUGAUGCAGGCGCGUCCCGGAAUUGUUGGAUUUGAAACAUUGUCUCCAUACAGAAAUCUGUCGCCGACACACCCCAGCAUGAUGUCCAUCACACCCAUGCGCCUACCAGGGGCGCGUAUGCCUCUACGCACACCGAUACCCCGUGAAUACGUAGUCGGUAAACGUAAGUUCGAUGGAGGUCACCAAAAUCCGGCAGAUGUUAAGCGACGUUACCAGAGCGGUUUAAUAGGAAAUGGCGGCAGUUGGGGCAGUUUACCGCUACCACAGCAACCUUUAGGCACAAAUGGUGAACAGUGGUAUAUGGAUACGUUUUCGGCAUGGAGUUAAAAACAACAAUGACAGGCAACUACAGUUAAAAAUAAAAGUAAAACAUGGAACGAACUUAGAAGGCACACCAACAACCAACUAUAACUACAGCUACUGCAACACAGCAUAUGCAUAUAUUUAUAUAUAUAUAUAUGCAUAUUUGAUUUUUUAUCUUUUCAACUCUAAAGAAGCGUAGCAAAAACAAUUAUAUCCUAUAUAAGAAGAGCAAUCGGGCUUUAUAACCCUACGAAAUUACUUUGUUUAGGUACUGCUUUGCACAUCUCUCUCUCUAUCUCUAUAUAAAUCUGAAAGAAAUAAUUAUUAUAUACAUUUAUAUAGCAUAUCUAUAGACUUGCCGCAGCAUUUUAGCAAACAUAUUUCGUUCAACUUUUAUAAUCACAUAAUACAAAUUCUAAAUAAUUAGAGCAUUUUGCUAAAACAUUUUAAAGGCAACAUGAAUACAAAACGAAGACCCUUUUAAAAUUCAAGAACUACAUACGUUUUUAACUUGAAAUGGAAACAAUAAUUGAGCAUAUAUAACAAACUGAUAAAAGCAGAAACGAAACAUAAUUACAUAUAUAAAUCUAUUUAUAUCAGUAUAGUGCAGUUAGGCUCGUAUUGAUUUUAAAACUUAAGCAACUUUUUUAUACAUAACGCGUAAACCAAAUUGAUAAACAAAGUAAUAAACAUUUUACUACUAUUUGUAUAAAACUGAAUCAAGCAGAAAAUCGAAAAGGAGAAAUUGCACAACAAUAAAAAACCAAGAUUUCCUUCAAUUGUAAAUACGAAACAAAAAAUUAAAAAUUACAUAAAUUUAAAGCUCUAAAUAAUUGAUCGAAUGAAUCAAAUUAAUAAAGUAAUUCAGAAGCAAAGCUUAAUGAAGAAAUAUUGACUGAAAUUAUAAAAACAAAAAGAAAAGCGAAAAUACAUUAAAUUCGAAAUUAGUCUUGAUGAGUUAAGGAAACUAAAUUAUUAAAGCGCAGCAGCGAUUGGCAUUAUUAUAUAAUGUCUUGGACUGUGCACGUUGGCAAGACUUUCCGAUUAAAUUGCAAACUAUUUUAGGUAACUUGAAAUCAAUUAAACAAAAACAACAAA